AUGGAUAAUCAUAUUAAUAUUCCUAUGCUCAUCUCUUUCUUUUUCUUCUUGUUACCACAACUAUCUCUAUCAGAUUAUGAUUAUUCCAUUUGUAGAGAUGCUGAUCACUUCUACAACUGUGGUCAUCUCUCCCACAUCUCGUAUCCAUUCUGGGGACAUAAUCGUCCUUUUCAAUGUGGCGCAGGAACUCCGUUUCACCUUAUUUGCAAUGAAAAAAGCGUUACUACCAUUCUAAUAUCCUCACAGAAUUUCACAGUACUUGAAAUCAACACCACAGCCUACACCAUCAAACUCAAAAGAACAGACUUUUCUCUGAAUCUCUGUUCGCCUCAAUUUAAUAGUAAUUCUUUGUUUUCACCUCUGUUUCAAAGUGUCAAUAACAUUAUCAUAUUCUACAACUGUACUUCCUCUCCAAUUUUACCUGCUGAAGAUUCUCUAUGUGGAGCUCCGAAUCGUGCAUUUGGUCAUGUUGCUCAUUCUGAUUAUGGCUAUGAGCAUAUAGAAGAAUCAAUGAAUUGUACGGGACAUAUUACAGUGCCAGUAGGUGCAGAUUUUCCUAUAAAGAACAAUAUUUAUGGUUAUUUUGAGCGUCAUGUUCUUGAAAAAGGUUUGGAUAAGGAGUUUGAGGUGAGUUACAGUGUGAAUGGGGAAUGUUUAGAUUGCUCCAAAAAUCAAGGAGAUUGUGAGUGGAAUGAUGAUAUUGAGAAACAGUUAGACUCCUCUUGCUAUUAUUGCCCAUAUGGUUCUAUUGCUUAUUCCGCAGACUGUUCAUCUUAUUACAAAAAUAAAAAUGCGAAGAGGAGACUCGUCAUUGUUGUUGGUUCUGUUGUGUUGGGAGCGUUUGCAGUGAUCGUAGCCAUAUAUUUCUUCUAUAAGCGCAGGAAGAAUAAAACUUAUGCAAAAUCAUAUGUACAGUCUCGCAGCCUCUCUUCUGAGCUCACUUCAAAGGAUCUUGAGAGUGGAAGUCAAUACUUUGGAAGAAGUCAAAACUUUGGAGUGCAACAUUUUACAUAUAGUGAACUUGAAGAAGCCACAAACUACUUUGAUCCGUCCAAAGAACUCGGAGAAGGAGGCUUUGGAACGGUGUAUUACGGAAAACUGUAUGAUGGGCGUAGUGUUGCGGUGAAGAGGUUAUUUGAGAACAAUUACAAAAGAGUUGAGCAAUUCAAGAAUGAAGUUGGAAUCUUGGCAUCAUUAGUCCAUCCAAAUCUUGUGUCUCUAUACGGAUGCACUUCACGCCACAGUCGCGAACUCCUACUUGUCUACGAGUAUGUUUCUAAUGGAACUGUCGCUGAUCAUCUCCGUGGUAAACACGCGAAACAAGGAAAGCUUACUUGGCCUGUUAGAAUGAAUAUUGCUGUGGAGACAGCAAGUGCGUUGAAGUAUCUUCAUAUUUCAGAAAUCAUUCACAGAGAUAUAAAAACAAAUAAUAUUCUUCUCGACGCUCAUUUUCAUGUCAAAGUAGCCGAUUUUGGACUCUCGCGCCUUUUUCCGUAUGAUCAAACUCAUGUUUCAACGGCUCCACAAGGGACUCCGGGUUAUGUGGAUCCCGAGUACCAUCAGUGCUAUCAACUUACGGAUAAAAGUGAUGUCUAUAGCUUUGGAGUUGUGAUGAUUGAGUUGAUAUCAUCUUUGCCUGCGGUUGAUAUAACGAGACAUAGGCAUGAAAUCAACUUGGCUAGCAUGGCACUCAACAGAAUUCAAAACCAAGCAUUGCAUGAAAUUGUGGAUCCUAUGCUCGAUUUUGAAUCAGAUGCUAAGGUAAAGAAAAUGAUAGUUGCCAUGGGCGAGUUAGCGUUUCAAUGUUUGCAAAGUUCGAAAGAUCUGAGACCUACCAUGGAUGAAGUGUUGGAAAGUUUAAAGGAUAUUCAAAAUGGCGGUAAGCAUAAAGGCCAACCCGAGGUAAUGGACAUUUCGAGUUUAUCUGAUGAUGCUGUGCUGCUGAAUCAUGCACCACCUCCACUAUCACCUGAUUCGAAUGUUCGGAGCAAUUAUACAACACCGAAUACUAGUACAUAA